UUUUUUUGGCUCACAGUUAAAACUUGUUUGAAGUGUCUUAGAAAUGUAAUUGGAUCAAUGAGUCAGUGGAGGGUAGUUUCUAACAGGUCAUCCUUAAGCUGGAGGUGUGUAAAGUAGCUACAUAGCAUCGGAGCAUAUUAAAAGAGGACCCGUGGCCAACAAAGAAAUUUUGUUUUGGGUGACAUACCCUUGAACUUAAAAAUAUUCCCCAAUGCAGCUGUGAUUGGUGUUUCUUAUAAAUUUUUACGCUACACUUUUACACACCAGAUAUGGUUAUCUCAAUACUGCAGCCAUCCUGCAUGUUCGCCUGUUACCACAACGAGCAGCGCUACAGGAGUCCUUCAGUGGUGUCUUCCUCUAGGCUAAAUCAAUACAGAAGAAAGCUUGGCAGAGUAGCUACGGCCACUUUGUUUACUGAUGGAGAGACAUCUACUAAUGAUUCAUCUUCAGCUUCAGUUUCUGCUUCUACAUUCCCACUCUUUGAAUCCCCUCCCCCUCCCGAACCUACCCCUGCUUCUGAGUUGGAGCCAGCAGAUCCAGAUUUCUACAAGAUAGGAUACAUUCGGAGCAUGCGAGCUUAUGGAAUUGAAUUCAAAGAAGGACCUGAAGGUUUUGGAGUAUAUGCUUCAAAAGAUAUUGCGCCUCUUCGUCGUGCCAGGAUGAUAAUGGAGAUCCCAUUAGAAUUGAUGUUAACUAUUAGUCAGAAACUUCCUUGGAUGUUUUUCCCUGAUAUCAUACCGGUGGGUCAUCCUAUCUUUGAUAUUAUCAACUCAACCAACCCUGAGACGGACUGGGACCUGAGAUUGGCGUGCCUUCUUUUGUAUUCAUUUGAUUGCAAGGAUAAUUUUUGGCAGCUGUAUGGUGACUUUUUACCUGGCACUGAUGACUGCACUAGCUUUCUUCUUGCUACGGAGGAGGACCUUCUGGAGCUACAAGACGAGGAGCUGGCUUCCACCAUGAGAGAACAAAAAAAGCGAGGGCUGGAAUUUUGGGAAAGAAAUUGGCACUCUGCUGUACCUCUUAAAAUAAAACGCCUUGCUCAAGAACCGGAGAGAUUUAUGUGGGCGUUGAGUAUGGCACAAUCUCGAUGUAUCAGCAAGCAAAUAAGAAUUGGCGCCCUAGUUCAGGAUACAAAUAUGUUAGUCCCUUAUGCUGAUAUGCUGAAUCAUUCUUUUCAGCCAAAUUGUUUCUUCCACUGGCGUUUCAAGGAUCGAAUGCUUGAGGUGAUGAUAAAUCCCGGACAACAAAUAAGAAAAGGAGAUGAGAUGACUAUUGAUUAUAUGAGUGGGCAGAUGAAUAACUCUUUCAUGCGAAGAUAUGGAUUUUCAUCACCUGUGAAUCCUUGGGAUGUCAUCCACUUUUCUGGCCGAGCACGGGUGCACUUGGAUUCUUUCUUAUCUGUGUUCAAUAUAUCCGGCCUUCCUGGUGAAUAUUAUCACAAUAGUAAACUGUCUUUCAAUGAUGAUGGUUUUGUUGAUGGAGCCGUCAUUGCUGCUGCGAGAACAUUGCCCACUUGGUCAGAUGGAGACACCCCUCCGAUACCAAGCAUAGAAAGGAAAGCCGUGAAGGAUUUGCAAGAAGAAUGCCAUCAAAUGCUUGCAGAAUAUCCCACUACCACUCAGAAAGACCUCGAAAUUUUAGAGUCUAUGACUGAUCCGAGGAGAACGCUCGAAGCUGCAAUUAAGUAUAGAUUGCAUCGGAAACAGUUGAUAGAGAAGAUCAUCCGGGCUCUGGAUACAUACCAAGAACGGAUUUUGUUCUAAAUCUUGAAGAAGUGCAAACAGCGACGCCACAGAGAGAAAGCUCAUUUUAGCGCCAGAACACAGCCGGAUUGAGCUACAUCUGUCAAGGUAAGUGGUGGCUUGUUUUGUGAAAGUUUUUCCUCAGUUUUCUUGUGUGUAUUAAUUUUUGCAGAUUGAUAGGUAAGGUAUAUGGUCUGUCUGAAUCUUAGGGCGUUGUAACAUUAUUGCAUAUAACCAUGACUAAUAGAGAAAGAUGCUUUGGUAAUG